ACGUCAUCCGAUUUCACAGUAGCAUGGGACAUAAUCGCGCUCGGUGCGUGGCUGGGAGUACAGCCCCAUAGUAGAGUUUCUGGAUAGUGCUGUUGUGUGGGAACAAUGAAGAAUCCAAGUGUCUCUGACAAAAUGGCAGCAUCCCCGGACAAAAUGGCAGCAUCCCCUGACAAAACGGUUACUUUGUCCGACAAGAUGGCUACCCUGUCUUCCAUUUGGGAGUCCUACGCCCAGCUGGUCAGAUGGCGCCAUGACCGACUCACGGAGCAGAAGUUACAGCAACAGAGGUUUGUGCUGGACAAGUUCGUUGACCAGUUUAUCAACAUUAGUCUGGUGGACCGGGUGGACGUUUGUAUAGGGGAAAUGAGGAACAUUGCCAACGAGUUGAGUCAAGAGUUCAUGAGGAACGUGGAUGCCGUGACGAGGAACGUGGAUGUUGGACCAAGGAACCUCACAGAGGAGGAUGUCACUCGCUGUCUGGAGGAUUAUAUGCUGAGAGGCAGGGGUUGGCGGCUGUUGUAUGUUGUAGAGAGGGUUGGCGUCAAGGGGGUGACCCAGCGCCAUGACCUGUGUGAGGUACUCCUGAACCUGCUGCCCUACUGCUCACACAUGAAGCCAGCCUACCCUGAUGGGAUGCACAGCAAAGACGGAGAAGAUGCCACCUCUGAGAGGCUGUGUCAGACUUUAGAUGAAACCUACAACACAGCCCUGCCCCUAAGCUCCUGCUUCCAGCUGAUCAAGUCCUCCAGGCUGAAACAGCUGGGCUGCCCCAGUCUACAGACCAUGAAGCUCAGGAGGGUGGAGAGUUCAGCCUCACAGUUAAACAAGCUGAAGGUUAAAGGUCACAAGGAGGGGAAGGUCAGGAAAAGGAUGACCAGGUCAACACCAUCAAAAAGGACAUUACCUAUUUCAAAGUCUGAGUCAGACAAUGAAGAGUCCACAAACACUGAAGCACACACACGCCCUGAAGAAAGGAAGUCACGACAUCCAAAGUACAAAAGGGGCUUACGAAGCCACAUUUGGUCACCUCUGUCAAAAGAUGAUGAUUCAGAAACUGAUGAUGACUAUGCUGCCCUAUUGGGCCACAUUGAAGAAAAACAAGUAGCAAUUACUGGUUAUCACCUGGUCCGAAUUAUUUUAAAACUUCUUCUCUCACUUGGUGAGUUGGAUUUACAUCAGAACGUCAGGGGCAGAGCACUCUCAGCUACAAUUCUACCUCACAUUUUGUACUUUGUGACAUGUUUCCGGCAGCAAGUUUCUAAGCACGAGGAGAUGUCUGGUAUCAUUAAAGCAGAAAAAUGGCUUGACACUCAUCAUACAGCGCCAGAUAACAGCGAGUCACCUAAACAUGCUGCUGGUGCUGAUCCUACUCACCUGGAAAGUUCUGGCUUUGGUGUGGGGAACGGUCCUGGCAGUUCUGAAGGGACACUUCCAGAAGAGGAGAGUGAGGUGGCCCCCUGGGGUGGGGCACACAGGGUGGCCCUGUUGAAGCAGUCUGUCAGAGCUGUGCUGACUCUCGCUGCCAUAGUGGCCACACAACAAAAUGGAGUCAGAAUAAUCAUGAAUCUCAACAUCUUUGACACCUUGCUGGAUCUCAACAUCUUAGAUUCUUUAAUACCAGUGGGCUUGUCUUCACACACAAGUAGUGGAUCAGCGACUCUACUAGCAGACAGUGAGGCCAGGGUAGCCAUGGACAUGGUCUGUGGUCUGAUGCAGCUCAUGCAAGUUGUCUACAGCAACCUUCCCUUCAACCCUUCAAGCAUCAUUGAUGCUAACCACCUCACCUCUAAGUUCACAGAGUUUGAAGUUUCCCAAAGAAUAAAACGUCUAAUGCAGUAUAUUGAGUUCCAUGCCCAUGAAGUAGAGAAAACCCCACCUAGCAGUGAAAUAUUUGAGAUGUCUUCAUCCUUAGACAGCUCAGUUGUAGCCGGAGGUAAAAUUGCUACACAAAAUGAACUUUCAACUCAAACUUUUGAAGUUCCAUUGGUUGUGGGGAACGGUUGUGCUUUGACUUUAGAAAAAAGUGUUUGUGGUUCUGAGGGAACUCCUGUGGAUAGCCCUGAAUAUGAAACAAAAAAUGUGAAAAAUGUAUUAAAAUGUGAAAACAACAAUGGUGUGGAUAGUACAGAAAAAUGUGAGCAACUCUCAGACCUGGGUGGAUCCUCAUCCAGUGAUCCUACAGACAAACUUUCCCAUUCAUCUGAUGUGAAAAACUUACAGACAGUUGAUCCAUCAGCUGAUGUGGUGCGUUGUUUAGGCACACUGAUCACAACAGUGAAGGGGAUCAAAGUUAACUACAUCCAUUCUAUGAAGUGUUUAAAGAGCCGACACAGGAAGUGUGAGUACGGCUCAUACUAUGACCACCAUCAUGACAUCCUCGGCUCACCCUACUACUCCAGAGUCAGUGCUGCCCAGAGUGGCAGUGUCAACCCAGAUGCUGACUACAGCGCCAGUGCUCGGGAUAAAAAAAAGUUAUUUGCCGAUCAACAGGCGCCACUGUAUUGUGUGGUCGCUGAACUUUCAACCUAUCUGCUGGAGUACAUCUCAGAAGCCAAGUUCAAGGCCAGUCAUGUUCAGGUCAUGUCGACACUGCGGUCUGUUGGGGUCUGCUGCUGCCUGCAGCCGGAGAGACUGAUCUCAUCUUUUGUUCCACAGCUCCAGCAUUUCUCACCCGCCAUCCGCAGCUACGCAAUGGACACCCUGACAUCCAUGCUGCUGGAUCAGUUCCACGGAGCUCUUGAGAGCCCGGAUAGCCCCAAGCUUCAGGCCAGCACAAAAAGCUGGGGGAAGAGGAGAGCAAAGAGUGAGGAGCGUGCCGUGUUCCUGCAGGAGUCCACUAGGUGUGUCCACUGUUACCUGGAGGGCUCCAGCCCCCUCUUGUAUGGGCUCCCCAGUGCUCUAGACUCUGGCUUUUCUAGUUGCGAUCUAGAAGAAAUGAGGAAGCAGAGACUGCUAGACAGGUGGAAGUCAUUGAGGACUUUUAGGAAGUUGAUCCUGUCGCUAGAUGAGAACUUAGCUUUAACAUGUGCUAAACAUUUGAUGACUUUAGCUAUCAGGGGUAACAAUGAGAUCAAAGAGGAAUUAUUUUUUGGUGUUUAUCUUCAUGUACUUCAUAUGAAAGUCCAGCUGGCAGGGUACAAACCUGAUGCUUUAUCCUCUGAUGAUGUUCUGUCUGAAACAUCAACCCAUCUGAAAGAUGAGUUGAAUCAUGGGCUCACUAACACCAGCCAUUUUUGUAACUUAAGCUCAGGUUCCAUGAUCAAUUCUCAGGAAUCACUUCUGGAUUCUGUUAUAGGGGGAGUAACUCCGUCAGAACUAUCUUCCACUGAUGACAUAACAUUUGACGGGUCAGUGCCAAGCUCAGUCAUGCUCCUGUCAGUCUCAGCCCUGCCCUAUGUGCUGCAGGUGGACAAGGUCAUGUCCAUCUUCUUGGCCAAGGGUGGGCUGGCCAAGCUGACUAAGCUGCUGGAGUACGACCAGUUGCGAGCCCCAGUCAUGAGUGUGUUUGAGGCCCUGGUCAUGAUAGACGAGCGUCGGCUGAGUGGCAACACGUCUGACAACAAGACAGUGUACGAGGGUGGGAGCAUCAUCCAGACCUUUAUUGACACACUGGCCAAGCGCACAUGCACGGUCACCGCCACGCUCCAGCAAAUACAGCUGCGAAACUCCCAAGGGGAGAAUUCUCCAGAUUCCCCGCCUUUGUUAGGGGAAGAUAACGACUUCCUAAAAUUUUACAAGGAGAAUUUGUCUUCAUCCCCCAAGUCAGAUGAUCAGCCUAAGCAAGUAGAUGGAGAGGAUAAAGAGAAAAGAGAACUGCAUGACUGUGUCACUGACACAAAUGAAUCAUUGCCUGUCCUACUGGACAUGUGGAAGACUUGCGCCAAGCUGUGCAUGAACAGUCGCAUGUUUAGAGCCUGCUACCGGGACUCACCUUGUCUCUAUGUGGUACAGGAAACUUUAAUUCUUGCUUUAAGUUUACUGGGGGAACUCAGUAGCUGCCAUGGGAAGAAGUGUUUGGUGGAGAGACAAAACUCGUACUGCAGCGGUGGUCAGUGUGGCUACUCCACAUGUCUGAAUGGUGUGUGUGGUGAACCAGGGGGGUUCAGGCAAACUUGCAAUCAUGCUGGGAGGGAACCAGAAGGUCACACAGUGUUCAGCCACCAAGCCAAGCUGGAGUUCAUUGAGGCAGUAAUGAUGGUCUGCUUCUCUUGUCAUACCAUAUCCCCCAAACAAAAGAGAGGUUCAGAAGAUGACCUCUGGCUGAGGUUGAACUCUGCCCUACAAAGCUGCAUCUUCCUGGAGCCCUGCAAGCUGUCAGCUGUCUUUCAAAUGCUGCUCAAUGUGGCACUGCCCCGUUGUCCAUCCAUCUUGGAGUACUCGUAUUCACAGAUAGUCUCUAUGCUGAAUUUAAGAGAGAAAGAAGACAUAGCAGAUGAGGAUGAAGUGAGACAACUGCUGCAGCAAGAGCUGGAUGAAGAUGGCGAAGUUCUCUUCACUGAGCAUGGCUAUGAGGCAGACACUGAGACCUCCAUUUCUUAUGACUGGAAGAAAGGACUUGAGUUCAGCCUACAGAACAAUGUGGGCACUAGCAGCUCCUCCUGCCCUUGUUUCCCUGCAGUCUUUAGGCUCUUUGUGGAGCUGAUGGUGGCCUGUUACAAGGUGGCCUCACGCGGGGUCAUCCUGCACACAGUGGCCCUGCGUCUGCUGCAGACCCUGAGGUCCAGCAGGAGGUCUGUUAGAGCGGUCAGCUCAGAACAUCUCCUGGAGGUUUUGGUCGAGGGCUUCAGAGAGGUUUUGAUCCAGUCACCAGCGGAUGGCAAACAAUCAACACUGCAAGAAAUAAUUUUGUCCUUGGUGCAGGUGAUAGCACAGAGUGAGAUGUCAGCAGCAGAACUCAGGCAGAUGUUGAGGCUGUUUCAGGACAACACUGACACCACUAAUUCUCUCCUCUCAACACUGCUGACUGUGAUAGAAAAAACUCCUGUAGCUCCCAAUUCUUCCAUCACAUUUCCUGUUAAACACCAGUCAGAUGGGGACACAAGCCAGACCUCAUCACCUGACCCAGAGUCAGCUGAAGUUGAGCCAGUCUGGCAACAUGCAGCUGUUGAGCUUGAAGUGCAAGGUCUUGCCUGGCCACCCCUGCCCACAGGGUUUAGCUUGGCUUUCUGGAUGUCUGUGGAUCUGCCUGUACAUGGCAGCAAGGCUGAAUUUAAUAGUUCAAGCAAAAUUAAACACAAAGAUUUUUCUGACAACAAGGCACAGCAGUUUGUGCCUCGACGCUUGCAGAUACAGGACUGUCUGCUGGUGGUUGCCGUGGGCAACAAAGAAAAAAUGUUUGAAGUUUGGGUUCAUCCAGCAACAGCUUCUUUGGUCUGCAGGUUAACAGCUUUUGGAAGUGAAGUUUCAGUCCUAAAAGAGAUAACCCUUGACCAGCUGCUGACCCCUGGAACAUGGCAGUUAGUUGUUCUGUCAUACAAAGACGUGUUAGAUGGCAGUACCUUUGUUGGCAAGCUGGACGUGCUAGUUGAUGGGUGGCUGAAGAAGGAAAUUAUCUUAGAUCACCCAGCAUCACUGAGUAAACAGCCCAAACAACAGAAGGUUUUGUGCAUAGGGGACACACGGCAGGGUGCAGGGAAAUCACUCAAUGGGACCUGGAAACUAGGCACACUUCGUUUGUUUAGAGACACUGUACUGAGUGGUGACUGGUGGUUUCAUCUCUACUGUUUGGGGCCCAACUGUGAGGGUAUAGCCAAGUGUGACUGUGGGAGCCUGCAGGCCUGCUACACACCUGCCAUGUUGAAGCACAUGGUGGAUGUCACACACCUGACCUGGGACGUCUUAGUGGGUCUGGCUCAGCUGCCUGACAUAGACACAGCCAGGACUUGCCAGAUUUUGAUGUACAGAGUGAACAGACCAGAUGUGUACUCUAUUUAUUUGUUGCCACAAGCACCAGCAGCUCUACUGUCAGAUGACCUUGGCCUUGUGCCUUCAGCAGGGUCACAGUCACACCUGCUGAUACAGAAGCCUGUUAUUCUGCCUGCAAAAGUGGUGGGCAAGGUGAAGGUCAGAGAAACCAAUACAUUGGAGAAGGCAGUGGAGCAAGCUGGAGGAGUGGAAGCUUUUCUUUUUCUGGUGGCAAAGAUUUUUGAAGACAGCAUGAAAGUUGUUGACAAGGGAGGCAACCUUGAGACGGCUGAGCUCCUACAGAGUAAAGUGGUUCACCUCCUGUUCCAGCUGAUCCACCACUUCCCCACCCAUGCCAAGUCCUUUAAUGAUGCCAGUGGCUAUGCCAUGCUGGCCAAGGUCCUGACCAGCUCUAAAAGUAUUGUGGGAUACCAUUUGCUCAAGGUCCUGAUAGAUGCCUGCAGCACAGAAACCAUGUUCAAAACCAACCCCAACUCACCUGUCCCCGUCCUGCGCUGUCGCCAUGAGGCUGUCAUCAGAGACGUGGAGGUGCUGACCCAGCUCCUCCUCAACUGGAGGAUCUGGCAUCGAGGCAGUGACAGCGUGACAGUCUUGUUGUUCAGGGCCAUGGAGUCACUCGUCAGCCCCAGCCACCCUCACCACAAGUUCAACCAGAAGCAGAUGUUGGCUGGCGGGGUCAUCAAUAAAAUCUUCAACAUUUAUCUGGAAAGAAUUCAAGAUGGACAGCCAUCUCUCUCAGUGGAUGUGAGCCUGUCAGCAUCAAAUGUGGUCAAAAGCUUGCUGGGGUCACCCCCUGACCUUCACCUUCUGAUGGCAGUCAUGGAUUUCCUGUUGCUAGUCCAUCCUGCUCCCAGUGGCUUCAUCAACUUCAGUGCUAGUUCAUUUUACUUCAAAAUGUGGUGGGAUGGUGACAGGCCCAGAGCUUCAUCAGACCAGCAAAAAAUCAAAUCUAAAUCCAAGCGAACCAUCAGUGAAAAGUCUGAAGCUCAGGUGGAAGAACCCAAAGACACUAUUCUAGAAUCCCGUCUAAAAUCAGCCUACAACACUGCUGCUCAGAUCCCGCCCUCCUCCCUGAGGUCGCCCAUGACUGACAGCCCCAUUGAUUCCGAAGGAGAUAACGAAGGCAAUGAGUUCACAUUCCCUCCCCUUAAGGCAACGAAUGUGAGAACAGAGCAGAGUGCAGACAUGGACGCUGACUAUGAGGAAAGUGAUAACGGGUGGCGCAGGAAAAACUUGAUCAGGUCAGUGGAGGCUGGACAGCAUCAGGACACCACUGACAUCAGCAGCAGUGAACAGGAGGUGAGACAGGACAGCUCUCACAGGCCCACGGCUGGGGGGCUGGUGGACCAGGACAGUUGUCACACGUCCCCCCCUGGUGGGCUCAUGGACCAAGGCGCUGACCAGGGAAAGAGAAGCUCACCCAGGAGAAGGCUGGUCUACACCAACAAUGAUGGGCAGCUGGUUCAAGACAAGGUGGAUGGGGUAGACAGUGGGUCUCAAACUAAUAAGGCUGGCCGACAAGGUGAUGGUCAGUCUGAACAAGGAGGUAGAGGUGUUGCACAGAGUGAGGCAGAGUAUGCCCUGGAUGAAGAGGAGGAGGAUAGUGACCAGGGCUUGAUGGCUCUGUGUGUGGGCCUGGUUGAGUACCUGACCCAGUUAAUCCUGGAAUUCCCAGAGACCUCACUGAAUGACAUGUUCAGUAAAGUGGUCAGCCCCAAGAGUAUGCUGGUGCUAGCCAAGAAUCCGUCCAGUGCUAUGAGAUUGGCAGUCAUGAAGUUGUUGGCGUCCUAUCUGGCCAGAGCACCACCAAAUCUGAUUGAGGCUUUCAUUAAGAUGGAUGGAUUCUACCUGCUAGCCAAUCAGCUGAGGUCAUUUCCUGUCUCCCCCAGCCAUGUUGAGACUGCUAUGUCCAUACUGUUGAGACAAGAAUUUAUUUUUGAUGACAACUACAUGGUGGGAGACUUGGGUGACCUGUCUCCCAUCCAACAGGUCGCUCCUGUACUGUUGUUGUCCCUCAUGGAAGGUACAGCCACUGAUUUUCAGUUGUGCAGAAACUCCCUCGCUUUACUGUCUCAGCUUCUGGAAUCUACCCCAACAAUGAGCUCUCUACUGCUAGAGUUAGGUUUAGCUGAAACAAUGUGCAAUCUGGCCACCAGUAUUCAGAAGCAUCAAACAAGUGAGGCUAAGAGUGAAGGUGAGGAGCUGACCAAAACAUUGUUGAUAGAUGUCCAGCAUGUCCUGUGUUCUACUGCUGUCUCAGAGUUCAGCUGGGCUGGACAACCCCAUUACCAGAAUGUUGAAGAUAUGUUCACACUGUUGAAAGCAUUGGAAGACAAUGAAUUCAGUCGCCAGUCAGAGUCGAGUAAAAAGAGAGCAGGCACAGCUAGAGCUUUUCAAAUAUCCCUUGUGGUGAAGAUUCUGGAGUAUGUUGAAAAACGAAGUGAUGAGCUCACUUCUGCUUCUCAGGGCUGGCUGACAUCUUCUUUUGCUAACAAUGCUUCUAACCCCUCCACCAAACCUGCUCGCCCAGUGUCCAGAACGUAUUCAAUCCCCAAGUCUUCCCCCCAUGGCUCAGUCACCUUCUCCCCCCUGCAGCAGUACAUGAGCCCAGACGCCCCCAAAUCCUCCUCCCCUGAUGUCCACUCAAUGAGGCGCUCCACAUAUUCCAACCCUGACAUGAUGGGUUUUCUCUCAGAGACCUUAAGUGAUGAAAGACAAAAUAGCCUGCUGGAUAGUGACGCCUCAGGCUCGUCUCGUGUCAUGACCCCACCUCGCACGUCAGGUGGAACUAAGCCCUCUCGUAUAGUCUCCAUCUUUGGACGCAGGCACAAGAUGAUGUAUGCCACUGUCAGCCAGUCUGACCUGCAGGAGAGAUUUAAGAAAAUUUUGACCAGUGCUACCGACCUGACUAUUAUGUAUCCUCGAGAAGAACAGAUGCGACCAACAGAACAAAGGACACUGAAUAUUUUUACAGAGACCAAAACACCUACACUAGAGGAUCGCUAUCUCAAACACCUGUUCCUGACCAUCUACAGGUUCUAUGAGCAUACCAUGAACAAAGAUGCUUACAACAAAAGAAACAGAAAUCCAGUCAUGCAUGGAGCCAAGGAUGCCAUCAAGACUCAGCUGACCAGACUCUUGUUAUGUAUGAUGUCAGUCAAGGUAGACUUUGACAUGAGGGCCUACACUGUUGCAUUCAUUAUGACAGAGCCAAGGGGAACAGAUACUCUCAAAACCCUCAUCACUGACAAAUAUGUGGGCAUUGAACUCAGUUUUUACCUCUACAACCUGCUGGCUUCCUGGAAAGACUGGUUGAACCCUGCCCAGAGGGAGUUUGGCUUCUCUCUGAUGCUGAUACUCAGGCAGUCUGGCUACAAUGUCAACUCCCCAGACCAGAUGCUGACCCAAGCCCAGGUCAAUGUUUUGUCUGAGGACAAAAAACUAAUUGAUGCCAGAUACAGAAAAGAUCUGCUGGUUUGGCUCCAAAAGAGGGAACUAGGCACAUCCAGAAUAACCCAAAAAUUUGAGUCAGUGCGUCGCCAUGUGACAGAACAAGCAAUGACUGUCACACAGGAUGUGACACGCCUGCAGAUAGAGGAGAGGAAAAAGCUGAUCGCACACAUCAAGCAGGCCAUGACCUCACAGAUACAGCUGAAGAAACAGUGGCAGGAGCUGGUGCAGAUGUUGACACAUGAGAGAGGUGUUUGGUACCAGUCCGCCUCCUACCCACAGUCCUGGCAGCUUGACCCAACUGAGGGUCCUGGCCGGGUCAGGAAGAGGCUACAGAGAUGCCAUCUUGGCAUAGAUAAGAGAUUUUUGCUGCCAGAACACCAAGAUAAGCUAGAGGGGGAGACAGUGGAUCCACCUCUACUUUUCCUGUUUGAAGAUGACCACCAGAUGUCUGACUCUGCUGCUCUCAUUUAUAGGCUCUACACCAAUGAGAAAAUACAGCACACCUGUAAAUGCACUGCUGUGUCUCCUGCUAGUGAAAGUAAGGGGGAGCUACUCGUGGGAGAAGUCUGCAUCUUCUUUGUGGCAGAUGGUGCCAUCACUGGCACCAGCUACACACAAAUGUUGCUAGGCAACCUUGACCAGCUGUCCAUCACAUGGCCCCACACAGACAUCAGAGAGCUUCACAAGAGGUGGUACCAGCUUCAGGACGUCGGCCUUGAGAUCUUCCUCAUCAGCGGCCGCACCUGCCUACUGGCCUUCCAGUCUACUAAGGACAGGGAUGACCUGUACAACAUCCUGCGCAGUUCUCUGGAACUGCCAAAUCUGGUGGCAGCAGAGACACUGCAGACAGUGCAGCAGGGAUGGCUGUCAGGUGAAGUGAGCAACUACGACUACCUGAUGCACCUGAACAAGCUAGCAGGUCGCAGCUACACAGAUUUGAUGCAAUACCCAGUUUUCCCCUUCAUCCUCAGAGACUACGCCAGCUCUGUCAUACACCUGAGGGACCAAAAAAUCUAUAGAAAUUUGAAGAAACCUGUGGCAGUACAAGAUAAAUCUAAAGAAAAGCGUUACAAAGAUAACUACGAGUUUUUGUGUCAAGAAGCCAGCAGGCCUGAAUGUCAGGAGGAGAUGAUGCGUGUGGCCCCCUUUCACUACGGCAGCCAUUACUCCAACAGUGGAACAGUCCUGCACUACAUGGUGCGUCUGCCACCUUUCACACGCAUGUUUCUCACUUUUCAAGAUCGCAACUUUGACCUCCCUGAUAGAACCUUCCACAGCCUGAGCACGUCGUGGAGGCUGUCUAGUUUUGACUCCAGCACUGACGUCAAGGAGCUGAUCCCUGAAUUCUUUUUCCUGCCAGAGUUUCUCAUCAACACUGAAGGUUUCAACUUUGGUCAGCGGCAGAAUGGUGAACAGGUGAACAAUGUAAACCUGCCACCAUGGUGUGAAGGUGACCCGCGUCUGUUUGUCCUGAUUCACCGCCAGGCUCUAGAGUCGGCGCCUGUCACGUCCGAGCUGAACCACUGGCUUGACCUGGUCUUUGGCUACAAGCAGCAGGGGGAAGAGGCCGUCAAGGCCAUUAAUGUCUUUCACCCCUCUACUUACUUUGGGGUGGAUGCCAGCACAGUGAGAGACCCCCUCAAGAGGCAGGCCCUGCUGACCAUGAUAAGAACCUACGGCCAGACACCCAAGCAGUUGUUCCGGAACCCCCACCCUGUCAGACAUGUUCCGUUCCAGCCUCCUUCAUACACUGGCUCUGAGGAGAGGAGAAUGUAUGUGCCUACACCUGUACCAACUGUGACUGGACUCAAGUGGGGCAUCUACCUGGGCUCACCUGACCUGCCCCCACCUGUGUACCGGGACAUCCUCACCCUCGGGACCAAGAGAGUGACCAGGCUAGUUGCCCUACCUACAGGCCCUGUGUUUGGUGUGGAGAGGACUGCCAACAUCAUUUUGCUGCAUGGAAAACAGAGAGACAUGGCUGUCAAAUCAAUGGAUGUCAUGUGGGCAGGUGUCAUCACCUGGGGUUACCAUGACAACAUCAUCAGAAUCCGCAGCUACCAGGACAAACCGCUCAUCAACUUUGUCCAGCAAAGCUCAUUUGGGAAGGUGACCUGUGUGGAAUCUGUUCCGGACUGCCGUCUGCUUUUUACUGCUGGAACUUCUGGAAUCAUCCAUGUGUUUACAAUGACCCACAAUUCCUCCAAACCAAGCAACCUACAACUUCGGGGUGUGAGGAGGAAGCUUGUUGGCCACUCUGGUCCCAUCACCUGUCUGUCUGUGUGCCAGGCCUUCAGUAUCUUGGUCAGUGCCAGCAGUGACGGCACCUGUAUCAUCUGGGACCUGAAUAGACUGACCUAUGUCAGGUCCAUCACCAGCCACUGUGCGGAGGUCAGCACCUUGACCAUCAGUGACACACUGGGAGAUAUUGCCAGUGUCAGUCACUCAGGAGACUCCAGCAUCCUCCAGCUCCACACAGUCAACGCCAGCCACGUGGCCACUGUCAAGGUGUCAGACACCAUCCACUGUCUGGCCUACUCCAGCGCUCCAGAGGGUAGAUCAGUCAACGUGGUGGCAGGAGGGCUAGAGUCUGGCAGCAUCAGGUUGUGGAGCAGUUGGGACCUGUCACCAUUAAAAGAUUUGACAAAAGACAACCCUAACCCUAAGGCAGUCAUUGGGUUAACUUUCUCCGCUGAUUCCCAAUACUUGAUGGCAUCUUCUGCUGAUGGGCUGAUAACUCUGUGGGGAAAAGAUUUAAAGUCAUUGAGGGAGCACUCGGAGAAAUUUAUCCCUGUCAUCAGCUCACAGGAUGGAGAAAAAUAAAUCUGUAGCAAACAUUGGAACAAAAAUAUUGAUGACAAACCUGACAUUUCUUAAAGUUAUUUUACCAAAAAUAAAUGUUAAAAACUUACCCUCAGUUAGCUGUUUGAGGGAUAAAAUAUGGCAGUAUUUUGUAAAAUAUUUUUAAAAACUGCAUAUUUAUUUAUUUAAAAGACUUUAAAAGAACUAGGUGCUGAUUCAUGUAUAGUUUAUGUUCUUGAAUUAGGCUUCACCGAUACUUUCAAAUGAACUUGUGGUUUAAAAUGACUGAAUCUACUGGCUGUGUUUAAAAUGAUGUUUUCACCUUUGUAUUGAAAAAAAUACUUAAUACUUUUAUAACUUAGUUUCUUUACUAAUUUGUAUUUUUAAAAUUUAUUAUAUAACAUAACAAAAUGUCAUACAUUUCAUGUAGUUGGUAAUAAUUAAUUUACUAGUCAAAUUUCAUUUAUUUAUUUCCACAAUCAUUUUUUAAACUGUGCAAAAGUAAUGUAUGUCAUUUUUCUUUUGUAAAUCAAUAUUUAUAACUUAGCCAUAUUCUGAACUGAAGUAUACAUGUGAUGCUUACAAUAAUUGAGCAAAUAUUAUAUCCCAAUUCAUAAUACAUUUUUCAUAUUAAAAAAAAGAAUUCUUUAUUUAUAUUUGAUGUAAAUAGAUUAUUGUUAGAUUUAACAUUGAGGGCCCUUCAUGUUAUCAUUUACCGUAUUACUGGAUGCAUUCCUAUUUAAUACUCACCAAUGAUAUUUACCCGUACAUAGUUUAAAUGUUGAACUGUUUUCAAGCAAAAAGUGUUCAUCUAACUAAAUUUCUACAUGUAAAAAUCUUUUUUUGACCAGCAUUAGUAAUUGUACUAAAGCUAGUUUUCUAAUUCAAUGAAAAUGUUUCUCUGAUGGUUAAGGAAUGAACACACAGAAAAAUGUUUAUGAAAGAUGUUUUAUUUUUUUUAUAUCUUACAGCUAAUCAACUAAAUCAUUGUUUAAAAAACUAGUGGCUCAUUAGCUUGUAUUUCCAUUUAGAAACUUAUUUUGUGUGUGUGUGUGUGAAAAUAUUUUGUUAAAUUAGAAUGUGCUUUAUGAACAAAUAUUUAUUCAAACGUAUUUGUAGAUGUUUACAUCCCACUGCCAUUGGUUGAUGACCUAAUGUUGUUUAGAUGGAUCAAUAAUUCCUUCUUGUCUUCUUAGAUCCUUCAUGGUGGUUCUUAUACCUAUGCAAAUUAAUUCUAGAUUAUUUUUGUUGUUUUAUCUUUUUGUUCAUGCUAUUUCAAACUGUAUCUUUUGUCAGUUUUAUUUCAAAUAUGCAAUGGGAAUUUCUGUUAAAAAUUUGGAUUUCUGUUAGAAAUUAAGAUAUUAAGUUGUUUACCAUGUUUUCUAACCCUUAGUAAGAAAUGACUUAAAUAAUUCCAUUUUGAGAUUUGUAUUUUUAUAUGAAGAUGAAGAUACCUAUUUAUAUAAAUAAUCCUGACAGAAAAACACUAUUUACAUAGUCAGCUAUUUUUGUUGGAUGUUAUUCAGCUCAAGAAAAUCUAUUGAUUGUCUCCCAUUAUGUAAAUAGAUGACCUCUGACCUUGAUUUCUAUUUUGUUUUAUCCCACACCUAUUUCUAAAUCCAUCAAAUUGUCUUUCUUUCUUUUCCUCUUUGUUGCUCGCUCUUAAUUGCAUUCCACAAUGUAGACAUAAGUUAUUUUAAAAUAGUUUUAUUGCAAAUAUUCAGAUAAAAUCAAAUCAGGUUGCAUAACAUCUUAAUAAAAAUUUAAUUUUGAUGUGAAUUAAUUUUUACUAAAGAAUCAAUAUUGAACAGAUUUUGUAGCUUGUAGAUAAUAAUCGUAUUCUGCUCAUUGUUUUAUAUAAAUAAAUAUUCUUUUGUUAUUGUCAAAAUAUGUAUAAUUUUAUUGUUACGUUUUAUAAUUUGAAAAGUUUAGUAUUCUCAGUUUUACAGUUUAAUUUAGAGUCCUAACAUUAUUUCUUUGUGAUAAUCUAAUCUACUCUUAGAUAUCUUUUGUUCUUUAUCAAUGUUUAUUCCUGUGAACUAUGUUAAACUGUUUACUGCAAACCAGAUGAAAUAUUAUAUUUUUACAUUCUAUGUACAGAAACAACAUUUAGGAAAAAAAUUACCUACUGAUUGACAAAAUAAGAUUUUGUUUCUAAGUUGUCUGAACAUAAGCGAACAAAUGUUCAGUCAGAAGAAACAUAAGUACAUUUCACUUAAACAUAAGAAAGAAAAUUUUUGUUAUUAAUUGUGUAACAGCUUUUAUAAUAUAUGACCACUCUGCAGACAGAAAGAAAAUAUUGUAAUUAAAAUUGAAAACUGAUGCUAAAUAAUUCAACUUUUUAUAAAUAAACAUGUUUUUAAAAAUUCUCCCAGGGUUUGAAUGGUGUACUGGCUUUCUGUCAAUCAGUGUAAAUUAGUCUUACACUUUUGAAAGCUUUACAGUAUUGCUACAAAUUUUUACUGUGUUUAUGUAUUGUUGUUAUCAAUGUAGAUGGGCUACAACAAUAAUUCAGCACUGAUACAUGCUCAAAUAAAAAAAUUGUACCAAGUUUUGAACACACCUUAACUAGUUGUAAGUGAAUUAUAUGUUCAUCUGCUAUAGAUGCAAGUAUUUUUCUAGUCACCUAGUGUGAAAGGUCAGAAAGAGUAUUGAUACUAUGGAUAGAUAAUUUAAACAAGCAGUUCUACAGUAAGUGAUUAGCUGCCAUGUUAAAAACAGUGUGAUACAAUUUGUACAAUGUUUGUUUUAAUUUACAUCUUUCUAUUUUUAUUUAAAUUGUAUUUUUUUAUAAUGUCUAAGUUAAAAAAUUAAAUUCUAUUUGAACAGUU